UCUGAAAAGCUGCUGCGCGUCUGCUUGAACCUCCCGUACUUCCUGCGCUACAUUAACCGCUUCCAGGACGCCGUGUCGGCCAAUUCCUUCUUCAUCAUGCCGGCUACUGUCGCCGAUGCCACAGCAGUCCGUAACGGGUUCCAUUCCCUGGUGAUUGACGUCACCAUGGCCCUGGACACGCUCUCCCUCCCUGUCCUGGAACCUCUGACCCCGGCCCGCCUGCAGGACGUGACCGUACUGGCCCUCAGCUGCCUCUACGCAGGGGUGAGCGUGGCCACCUGCAUGGCCAUCCUACAUGUGGGCACCACCCAGCAAGUCCGCACGGGCUCCACGAGCUCCAAAGAAGAGGACUACGAAAACGAUGCCGCCAUCAUUGUCCAGAAAUGCUUGGAAAUCUACGACAUGAUCGGCCAAGCCAUCAGCAGUUCCCGCCGUGCAGGUGGGGAGCACUAUCAGAACUUCCAGCUGCUCGGAGCCUGGUGUCUGCUGAACAGCUUGUUCCUCAUCUUGAACCUCAGCCCGACCACCCUGGCCGACAAAGGGAAAGAGAAGGACCCCCUGGCAGCCCUUCGGGUCCGGGAUAUCAUUGUGCGGUCCAAAGAGGGUGUCGGGUCUCCCAAACUCGGACCUGGCAAAGG